AUGAGCUACGGCGAAUACCCCGAACUUGACGCCUUCCAACAGCGCUGGACCACAACAACAGACUCACAUCAAACCACGACUUCCGUUUUCCUGGCCGCCAUCGUCGGUGCAUACGUCCUGUUCAAGUCUCUGGAUUAUCUCGGCUUUCCCGUUGGAUUUUACCUACGCCGGUUUCUCAGGAUGGCGACGAGUGUCUUGCGCUCACGCGGCUCGUCUUUCGGUUCCGCGUCCGGAUCGGAAGCGACUGACGACGGGGCGACGCAGAAUGGAGGCAUGUUUGGAAGCCUCUUUGGCAUGAGCCCUGGGAAUCUGCUGCAGAAAGGCGUGCGAGGCGUUGCGAGCGCUCUCUCCAUAGGACCCAGCGACGUGCCACCCGGUCUGGGCAACAUCAGCAACUCCUGCUACCAGAACAGCGUUAUCCAAGGUCUCGCCUCCCUUCCGGCACUGCGCGACCAUCUUGCCAAAACCACAUCCGAACACUCCUCGCUUUCUCCCGAAAGUACAAAUGGCGCGUUAUUCGAGAUUAUCACAAAGCUAAACGACCCUGAGAAUAAGGGGCAACACUUCUGGAUCCGAGGCAAGCUGAAGUCGAUGAGCACGUUUGAGCAGCAGGAUGCACAGGAGUAUUAUAGCAAGAUACUGGAUGCGCUGGAUGAAGAGGUCAAGAAGACUGCGAGCAGUAAGAGGCGAUCCUCAGUCUCCUGGCUGGAAGUUACAAAGAGCCUUAGCGACUUACCAAACGCAGAUGAAAAAGCGCAAGAAGGCUCAAAAGAUGGCAAGGAGAAAUCGGAGACGCAAGCCGCACAAGUCCCACCGAACCCUCUUGAAGGCCGCCUCGCCCAGCGCGUUGGCUGCACAUCCUGCGGAUACUCGGAAGGCCUUACACUUAUCCCCUUCAACUGCAUCACCGUCUCGUUAGGAAAGAACCACGGAUACGACAUACGAGAAUGUCUUGACGAGUACACGACCUUGGAGUUCAUUGACGGUGUCGAGUGCGCAAAGUGCACACUGCUGAAGCUGCAGAGGGCUCUCGCCCCCUUGGUUGCCCAUAAGCCGGAAUCGCCAUUGAAGGCCAGACUUGACGCUGUGAAUGAGGCUUUGGAAAAGGAGGAUUUCGAGGAUAAGACACUACUGAAGACUCUGAAUGUGCCCAAGAAGAACUGGGUGCAGAGCACCAAAUCCAAGCAGGCAGUGGUGGCGCGCGCACCCCAGUCAUUGGUGCUUCAUGUCAACCGCAGCAGCUUCAACGAGUACACUGGUAUGCCGUUCAAGAAUACGGCGGGUGUAUCGUAUCCUAGCGUACUGGACCUAGGGAAUUGGUGUCUAGGCGGUGCACCGGCUGGAUCCGAAAAGCCUGCCGCGCCUGAAGAAGAGUGGCCAAGAGACCCCAGGGAGUCCAUGCUGACGAGGAGUGAGCCAGUAUCCGACUCGCCCUUCCGGUAUCGCUUACGAGCCGCUGUCACACACUACGGUUCGCAUGGUAAUGGCCAUUAUGUGUGUUAUCGGUCGCAUCCAAGGGUUGCCAAAAGUGAAGCGGUGGAUGUUUCAUCGACAGAGGACAAUGGCGAAGAAAGUCCAGAACAACAACCGCAUGAAGACGCUCCCGUUUCCCCGUCAGAACAGUGGUGGCGCUUCAGCGAUGACAGUGUUUACCCUGUUUCUGAAGAAGAGGCGCACCAGGGCAAUGUCUUUAUGCUUUUCUACGAGCGAGUAGAUGCGUCGUCGCCCCCUGGAUCUGCAACGGAGAACCCCAUGAUAGCAGAGGACGCUCCCCUACCACCGGUCAAUGCAGCCGCGUACGCACAGACAGGCGUAGACGAAGAAGCCAUUACCAUUGCUCUACCAAGCGACGACGACGACGACGACCUCAUCCCUGCUGAAUCAACCCCUAAACCACAACCACCUCAACUUGCGGUAUCGCCAACCAAGGAGCAAUCAGCAGAAGAAACUGCCGACUCCUCAUCC